AUGGCGUGCUUCGGCUGCUCCUGCCGCGUAGUGAUACUGGUUUUCAUCAACACGGUGGGCAUCGGCGGCACUGCCUUCGUCGUCUACACGCUCGUCCGGGGCAUGAAGGCACCUCACGUCAUCAUCAUGCUACUUGUCUGCGUCAACGCCAGCAUCUACCCCGUCUUCUGCGUCACGUUCUUCCCGUGGUCCAGUCUAGGGCGUUGCCUGCGUGGCGUGGGUGUGCUGCUCUGCCUGCCGUGCGGGCGCAUACGCCGGGCCUGGAGCGCCGCUGGCGACGACGGCGAUAGUGGCUUUGAUUUGCCGGAGAUUGUGGUGCAGAGACAGGGCCAGGUCAGGAACGUGUUUCCUAGGGAGGCGCCGCAGCUUCCUGGCGGACCUGGUAGAGUUGUUGCUGCCGGCAACAUACCUGCUGCGUACGCGUACGAGCAGCAGGCCGGCGCGGUGCCGGACGGCACGUCGGCAGAGUGCCCGGUGUGCCUAGGAGGGAUCGAGAAGGGGGAGAUGGUGAAGAGGCUGCCGGUGUGCUUGCACGUGUUCCACCAGCAGUGCAUCGACCAGUGGCUGCACCACCACCCGACGUGUCCGGUCUGCCGGUGCAACGUCUUCACUUCACUGCCACUGCCGAGCUAA